AUGUUCACUUCUGACUUUGUUACCCGACCGAAAUCUGAGAGCCCGGUAUUCCCUCAAGCAUCAUCUCGCUUUUUCUUUUCUUCUCUGCCAGAACACGCAGCACCGUCAGUUUCGACAAAUGGCGUUCACAACGGUCUACCGCCAGACAGCCCCAAGCUUCCUUCAUCAAUGGAUGUUCUUGGGUUGGGUAUGAGGGACCUUGUCCGCAAGGUACAGCAUCUCAGUCAUCUGGGGAUCGAGGACAACCGUAUUGCACUCCCAAAGAUUUGCGUCGUGGGUGAUCAGAGCACUGGAAAAAGCUCUUUGAUCGAAGGAAUUUCUGAGAUCAGAGUCCCCCGCAGUGCAGGUACCUGCACACGUUGUCCUAUGGAGAUUGUCCUCCGAGAAAGUGAGCCAGACCGGCCAUGGAAAUGUGUCAUCUCGCUUGUUCAUGGAUACCAUUACGAUCCUCAAAAGAUGCUCAAGAACAGAAUCCCGAAAACUGAGAAGCCCGACUACCUCGGACCCUGGCUUCGACAAGGCGCACAAGAUGAGGAAGAGUUUAUUACAUUGAUCGAUAAGAGUCAGGUGGAGGAUUCAAUCCGGUGGGCACAGUUGGCCAUUCUCAAUCCCACAUCAGACUCUCAAGAUUACGUUCCUGGGAAGAACAUGGGUACACCUACUACUAUGGAUGUAAAGUUUUCGCCAAAUAUCAUUCGACUAGACAUGUCAGCACCGAGUCUUCCAAAUCUUUCUUUCUAUGACUUGCCUGGUGUGAUCAACCAAGCCGAUAACGAAAAUGAAAAAUAUGUUGUAAGUCUUGUUUCAAAGCUCGUCAAACAGUACGUUUUGCAGGAGAAUUGCAUUGUUCUUCUCACUCAGUCAAUGACUGAUGACGCCUCUAACUCGACUGCCGCUCGCAUCGUACGUGAAGUGAAAGGUGCAAAAGAACGUACGCUUGGCGUUCUCACAAAGCCGGAUCGGCUAUCCGGUGACAACGAGUCUCAUCAACAGUGGAUUGAAAUCUUGGACGGGUCAAAAUUUCAAUUUGGUCAAGGGUGGUAUGUGGUUAAAAACAACCCAGAUCCUAAAGUGCCUCAUAACAUCGCACGGGCUCAGGAAGAAGAAUUCUUCGGAAAACCCUUCUGGACUGGAAACUUGGCAAUGUUUCAAGAUCGCUUCGGAGUUCGAAAACUCCAAGCCGCACUUCAGACUAUCUUGAUGGAUCAAAUUCAGAAGUGUCUUCCCUCAAUCAUCAAGCAAAUUGAUGAUAAAGCUAGACGCAUUGACAACGAGCUUAGGACUCUACCUGAUCCCCCAGUGGAAAACUACCAGUUCAUCUUGAUCGAGAAAGUGGUGAAGCUUGGCCUCUGCUUCAAUGGCUUGUUUGGUGAUGGAUCCGAGAGCAAGUCGCUCCGAAAGCCGUGGAACGAUCUGGUUUCGGACCUCCAAACAGCCCUAGACAAGACUCGCCCUCGACUCAUACUCAACCACAGCUCAGAUCUUGAUUUCUUCCUUGAAGCAAUAGAUUCCGAUUGCGAGAUAGUCUCAGGACCAAUUCAUCGAGGUACUAAAAGAAAAGCACAGCAUUUCGAGCCCAAUAUCAAGUCUGAACCUACCCCACCUACCCAGCCUACUCAGCCUACCCAGUCUGCUUUGCCUGAGAAAAGUCCUUACGUGACAGAAUACUUUCAAAGUCUCACGAAGGUCCAUCGAUUCAAACUUGAUGAUAUCCGAGAAAUCAAGCAAGAGUGUCAGCUUUCGGGGGUUCCGAAUCAGAUUGAUCCCAGGGCGAUACAGAAACUUAACCAGAAAAGUGUCGAGCACUGGAACGGCAUCGUUGAAACGUUUUCCAGUGCCUUGUAUGACACAGUGAAGCAAGUUGUGUACAAAACCUUGAACGAAGUGAUGGCGAUGUACCACCAGACGGAGUUAUUUCGCGAACUCCAAAGAAUUACCAAUGAUUUCCUGUCCCUCGUUAGUCUCGACUUUUCAAAGCAGAUUACUGAUCAUUUCUGGAUGGAAUUCAAUACUCCUUUGACUAUGGCCCAUCAAUACCAUAAGGAAAAGUCUUCGAAGUGUUUGACCGAGCUCGCCCAGAAGCGCCAUGAAGGACGGAGAAAGACAUGGUUGAAAGCCCACGGGUACCCGGAAGAUAGGAGGGAAAAGAUCCCCGACCUUGGGCCAGACCCAUUCUCUCAAGAGAUUGAGAUGUUAGCUAGUUCGAGGGGCUAUUACGAAAUCGCCAAGGCACGGUUUACUGACAUGAUAUACCUUCUUGCUGAGUCGCAUAUUCGCGACAGAUGCCGAAAUGAAUUGAAAGGCGCUCUUGAACAGAAAUUGAAAGCGACCACUCCUGAACGUUGCUGCGAAUUGAUGGCUGAAGAUCCUGAGAGAGAGGCGCGCCGGCACAACCUUGCUAAGCAGCGCAAAAAGCUCACAGAGGCCCAAAAUUGGUUGGCAACAGUGCAUAAUGUUGACGAGGAUGAGGAAAUGAGAACUCCUUCCGAUGCUACCAUGGGCAGUCGGGAUGAAAUCAUUGGCUGGGCUUGA